UGCCUGACGAUUUCUCCCCUCCUCCAGUAUAAGCUGGUCGGGGCAGGGUGGAGCCGGGUUUGCAGUCGGUGGCCGAAGGUGGACCCUGAAGUUGGUGGGGGGAAGGAGCCAGGGGCCCAUAUUGUGAGUACUGGGCAAGUUGUAAAAAUGUUUUGUUGUACUUUAUCAUAAAAGUAACUGAGAAGAAAUACCUGGUCCACCACUAAAGAUGUUUACAUGUUUCUAUGAUUUGUUAUCACUGAGGUCUGCACUAGAUUAUUUUCACAAAACUAUUACAGAGUUAUAAAAAAAAUGUAAUUUAAUUGUAUUGUACUUUGCCAUAAAAAAAGUGUACCAGUUUUAGUAAUUAAAAAUAACUUAUUAAAGUCAGUCCUAUGACAUUAGGUCAGUAAUUGUUGUUAGCCACCCACAACACAGGUGUGGGGGCCCUUGUGGCAAUUUUUGCACCGGGGCCCCUAGGUGUUUAGUUACUCCACUAUAAGCUACAAGCUAUAAUGUUUGUUACAUGGGGACAUUUCAAGGUGUCCACACGCAAAAUAGAUCUUGUGUAACUUUCCUUUCACUUUCUAUCUCCUGAUGACAGAGAAGUUCCUGACUCCUCCCAGUGACCAUUGAUCUGACAUUCUUGUUGUGAAGAGGAAAGGAGGGAGAGAGGGGGAGGGAAGAGAAAAAGGCGCCAAAGGAAGAAAGAAGAAGCAAUGGUGGACGGAGACACAGGCUGCCCAUAGAGGUGCCAUGUAAAGGAAUGUGCAGGUAUUUCUAAUGUUCACAUUUUGAGUCGAUAUAACAAUCCCAUGUAGUGAAAUGUAGGGACAAGUAAAGUACCAGCAGCUCCUAUUUGGCGGAAUCUAAAGGAAUUAAAAGAUGAGCCCAAUAACAAGAGCAAAUAAAAGCAAAGGACAAAUAUGCUCAGCAUUAGCGAAUGCUUUUGAAAACUUGAACACUAAGAGCUUUGGUGCUUUAAUACACAAACUUUUCUAUCACCCGCCACCUAAGGACUGUAAUAGAAUCCCACGGAAUGAACUGGAGAAUGCUGAUGCAAAUAAGCUGGCAGAUUUGUUCAUUAGAUACAACACCACUAAGAAGGCUGGACAGUUUGCUGUAGAAUUGUUGGCAGAUAUCAAUGAGAAGCAGCUGAGUAAAGAACUUGAAGAAGCCCUUAUAGAAGUUGAGAAUUUGACUUAUAAAGAAGACAUGAUGACACAGACAAGCCCAAGUUUGCACAAUUCAAGUACAGUUCAAGAUGAAAAUCCUGCUACUGACUGGGAGUCUACAGAUCCAGUUAAAGUUUUGAAAAAGAGUGAGAAAACUCCUGGAAAACAAGGGAAUACAAAAUAUUCUCAUUUAGUAACUAUAACUCAGAGCCACAAACGCCACAAGAGUGAAAGACAAGAUAAAGAAAGUGGACAUUUUCCUAAGAAAAAAACCCCCAAAAAUAUAAGCUUUGAGUCUUUGCUCUGUAAUGAGAAUCCUUUAUAUGAGGAAACAGUGACACAAAUAAAAAUAAGCAGUUGUGGUAGCAAUCUGGAGAAUCCAGUAGAGGGCACCUCUCAUCCUCAAAUUUCCACAGUUUAUAUUAACCUGAAAGAAGGCACAGCAAUACAUCACUUUCAAGAAACAAAACCUUCAACAGUUUGUUCCAACGGAUCAACAGAGGAAAUGUUAGACAAUCCAGCAGAGCCCACCUCACAGUCACUGGUUUCUGCAAAACAUAAAACUCUGCAACAAGCAAACACUGAAUUGUCUCAGAACUGCCUCACAUUUGCACCUGCACCAACAAACGUUGCCAUAACUUCCCCUUCACCAAGCAGAUCUGUACCUGUCAGGCAAGACAACAAUACUGGAGCUUUAACAGAACGUACCAACCAACCUGAUGUCAACCAUACUGCUCCAAGAGGGAGGACACUACCGGACAUUAAACUUCAGGCUCUGAAGAAACUUGAUCUUCAAAUUAUGGAGGAACACCACAAUGGCAAACCACAUGUCUAUGCCAAGCUUUUAUUUCAGCACUUUGUACAAUUUGAGACAUACAAAACAUGGACCCAAAAUACUAACUUUGAUGGAUAUAGAGGGAAAAAUGCCAUUCCAAAAAACUUGCGGGUUGCUAUCCGAAAACAGGUUCGGAAAAGGUUUCAGUUGACUAAAAAGGAUUGUGUAGAAAUAAAACGAACAAUUAAUGGUCUUUUGGCAAAGCCAAGAACUUCAGGUUGGCCUUUUCACAUCUAGCCAACUUGCUCUUAAAAACAAAUGGGUGUGGGGUCUUUUUCCUGGUUUUUCUUGGGCAAGUGAGUAAGUGCUUCUGGAAUGGCAAUUCUAGCAAAUGUAGUCUUUUAUUUUACAGAAGCCACAAAAAUGGGCAGUAUAAAUUACAAAUCCCUUGUACAUUCAUUGUAUUCUGUAUUGCUUUUAAUUUGUACAUAAAGAUUUAAUUUCUUCUCUUGA